AUGAGCUCUUAUUUUGUAAACUCAUUUUGCGGUCGCUAUCCAAAUGGCCCGGACUACCAGUUGCAUAAUUAUGGAGAUCAUAGUUCCGUGAGCGAGCAAUUCAGGGACUCGGCGAGCAUGCACUCCGGCAGGUACGGCUACGGCUACAAUGGCAUGGAUCUCAGCGUCGGCCGCUCGGGUUCCGGCCACUUUGGCUCCGGGGAGCGCGCCCGCAGCUACGCGGCCGGCGCCAGCACGGCGCCCGCCGAGCCCAGGUACAGCCAGCCGGCCACGUCCACGCACUCGCCUCCGCCCGAUCCGCUGCCCUGCUCCGCCGUGGCCCCCUCGCCCGGCAGCGACAGCCACCACGGCGGGAAAAACUCCCUGGGCAACUCCAGCGGCGCCUCGGCCAACGCCGGCAGCACCCACAUCAGCAGCAGAGAGGGGGUUGGCACGGCGUCGGGAGCCGAGGAGGACGCCCCCGCCAGCAGCGAGCCGGCGAGCGCGCAGAGCGAGCCGAGCCCGGCGCCGCCCGCCCAGCCCCAGAUCUACCCCUGGAUGCGCAAGCUGCACAUAAGUCAUGACAACAUAGGCGGCCCGGAAGGCAAACGGGCCCGGACGGCCUACACCCGCUACCAGACGCUGGAGCUGGAGAAGGAGUUCCACUUCAACCGCUACCUGACUCGCCGGCGGAGGAUUGAAAUAGCACACGCUCUUUGCCUCUCUGAGAGACAAAUUAAAAUCUGGUUCCAAAACCGGAGAAUGAAGUGGAAAAAAGAUAAUAAGCUGAAAAGCAUGAGUAUGGCCGCAGCGGGAGGGGCCUUCCGCCCCUGAGUCUCUGAGCUCUGAGCGUUCAAAGUACUGAGCAGUAUUAGCGGGAGCUGCGUAGUGUCAGUACUAAGGUGACUUUCUGAAACUCCCUUGUGUUCCUUCUGUGAAGAAGCCCUGUUCUCGUUGCCCCAAUUCAUCUUUUAAUCAUGAGCCUGUUUAUUGCCAUUAUAGCGCCUGUAUAAGUAGAUCUGCUUUUCUGUUCAUCUCUUUGUCCUGAAUGGCUUUGUCUUGAAAAAAAAAUAGAUGUUUUAACUUAUUUAUAUGAAGCAAGCUGUGUUACUUGAAGUAACUAUAACAAAAAAAAAAAAGAAAAGAGAAAAAAAAACACACAAAAAGUCCCCCUUCGACCUCGUUUAGUGCCAAUGUUGUGUGUUGCACUCCAGUUGUUUAACUGUGCAUGUGAGUGGACGUGUUCCUGUCUCCAAUAGCUCCAAGCUGUUAAAGAUAUUUUUAUUCAAACUACCUAUAUUCCUUGUGUAAUUAAUGCUGUUGUAGAGGUGACUUGAUGAGACACAACUUAACUUGUUCGACGUGUAGUGGCUAGUGACUCUGUGACGAAAACUGUGACUCCG